CAGGAAAGCCAAUUUGUCCAGCUACCUGAGAACUUUUUGAUGCAGCCUGUAGACAUGGCUUCACAAGGCUGGCCCUCAGUGGCAGAAGUUGAGCUUCCUCAAAGGAAACCAUUCCAGGCAUUCCAAGGGCAGUCCUCUUGGCAGUUUGCACCAGAAGGCCCAAUGUACCUGGUUCCCCAGAAGGUGGCUUCCCAGCAGCUGUUGCCGAUGGCACAACCCUUUCAGCCCUCUGUUCCAACUUUCCCAGUGCAGCCGGUGAUCCAGGUUCCCCGAAGGCUGCCUGUUCACCAGGUUUCCCUGGUGCAGCCCUCUGUUCAAGACCCAUCUUCACUGAUGUCUCAGUCCCAAUGGCUUGUUGCUCCCUCUAGUGUGAGGGUUGAAUGCAGGGAAGAUUCAGUUUUGGUGGAAGUGCAGCAGGACAUGCUGGGUGCUGGCCAGAUUAUCCAGCCGUCAGAAAUCUCUCUGGGAGGCUGUGCUCCAACUGGACAGGAUCCCUCCAAAGGGAUUCUGAUAUUUCUGUCAGAGCUGCAGGGCUGUGGAAGUACACUUAUGAUGACUGAUUCCCUUGUCUACACUUUUGUAUUGGCCUAUGUACCUAAAGGGAUUGGCUCUGCACCAAUUGUGAGAGCAAAUGGUGCUGUGAUCAAUAUUGAGUGCCACUAUCUAAGGAGGUACAAUGUGAGCAGCAAUGCAGUCAUCCCAACAUGGAUUCCCUACUCAGCUACAAUGUUUGCUGAGGAGCAUCUUAUGUUCUCACUGCAGCUGAUGACUGAUAAUUGGCAGCUUGAGAGGACUUCAAACAUGUUCUUUCUGGGAGAACUCCUGAACAUCGAGGCUUCAGUUGUUGUAGCCAACCAUCAGCCUUUGCGUGUUUUUGUGGAUAGCUGUGUUGCUACCUUGGAGCCUGAUGUGACCUCUGCCCUGAAAUACAAUUUUGUGGACAAUCAUGGAUGCCUGGCUGAUGCCAAGCUGUUGGGUUCCCGCUCUCAGUUCCUGCCCAGGCAACAGGACAACAAGCUACAGAUGCAGCUGGAUGCCUUCAGGUUCUCACAGGACACCAGAAAUGCACUCUACAUCACAUGUAUUCUGAAGGCAACCAUGGCCUCUAAAAGACCUGAUGACCAGCACAAGGCUUGUUCCUAUUCAGUUGCAACAAAUAGGUGGCUAGCUGCGGAUGGGAGUGACCAGGUGUGUGGCUGUUGUGACACUACUUGCAGCUUCAGGAAGGGAAGGAAAGUAGCAGAUUUCCAAGGAAAGGGUUCUGUGGGACCAGUCAUAAUUGUUGACCCGUAUCAGCCAACAGGACAGCUGUAACCAGAAAGCCUAAGAUAUAAACUCCAAGUGAGGAGGGAAGCCUCUUUCCUUGUCAAGAGGCUUACUUCUGUAAUUGCUCCUGUAAACGGCUCCAGGUCAACUUGGAAUAAUAUUAUUGUGCAUCCAUGAGCCUUUCAUUCCUAGCAACAUUAUUACUUACUGGUGUCUGAAUAAAGACUACUAA